GGCAGUGGAGCGCCGAGCGGGGCUGAUGCAACCCGGGGCGGCCGCCGCCAUGGAGCCCGCGCCCGGCCCGCAGGAGAAAUACCAGCUCAUCACGCGGAACCUGCAGGUACUGGGCGAGGAGAAGCUCAUGGCCAUCCUGCAGCAGCGAGAGCUGAAGAUCUACUGGGGCACGGCCACCACGGGCAAGCCGCACGUGGCGUAUUUCGUGCCCAUGUCCAAGAUCGCCGAUUUCCUGAAGGCUGGCUGCGAGGUGACAAUCCUCUUCGCCGACCUCCACGCCUACCUGGACAACAUGAAGGCUCCGUGGGAGCUGCUGGAGCUGCGCACGCGGUACUACGAGCACGUCAUCAAAGCCAUGCUGGAGAGCAUCGGCGUGGCCCUGGACAGGCUCAAGUUCGUCAGGGGCACGGACUACCAGCUCAGCAAGGAGUACACGCUGGACGUGUACCGCCUCUCCUCGGUGGUGACGCAGCACGAUGCCAAGAAGGCGGGCGCGGAGGUGGUGAAGCAGGUGGAGCAUCCCUUGCUCAGUGGUUUGCUGUACCCAGGCCUGCAGGCAUUGGAUGAGGAAUACCUCAAGGUGGACGCGCAGUUUGGAGGGGUGGAUCAGAGGAAGAUCUUCACCUUCGCAGAAAAGUACCUCCCUUCCCUGGGCUAUGCCAAGCGCAUCCAUUUGAUGAACCCCAUGGUCCCUGGGCUGACAGGCAGCAAAAUGAGCUCGUCAGAAGAGGACUCCAAGAUUGAUCUUCUGGACCGCAAGGAGGACGUGAAGAAGAAGCUGAAGAAGGCUUUCUGUGAGCCAGGGAACGUGGAGAACAACGGUGUUCUCUCCUUCAUCAAGCACGUCCUCUUCCCCCUCAAGUCAGAGUUUGUGGUCCUGCGAGAGGAAAAAUGGGGAGGAAACAAAACCUACACAGCCUAUGAAGCCCUGGAGAAGGACUUUGCUGAGCAGGUUGUGCACCCUGGAGACCUGAAGAACUCGGUGGAAGUGGCCCUGAACAAACUGCUUGACCCCAUCAGGGAGAAAUUCAACUGCCCAGAGCUGAAGAAGCUGAGCAGCGCCGCGUAUCCCACGCCAGGCAAAGCCAAGCCUGGAGAGAAGGGCACCAAGAACUCAGAGCCAGAGGACGUGGUCCCAUCCCGCCUGGACAUCCGGGUGGGCAAAGUGAUCAGUGUGGAAAAGCACCCAGAUGCCGACAGCCUGUACGUGGAGAAGAUUGACGUGGGUGAGGCCGAGCCCCGCACCGUGGUCAGCGGCCUGGUGCACUUUGUCCCCGAGGAGCAGCUGCAGGACAGGCUCGUGGUGCUGCUCUGCAACCUCAAACCCCAGAAGAUGAGAGGGGUGGAGUCCCAGGGCAUGGUGCUGUGUGCCUCCAGCGUGGGGGAGCCCCGUCAAGUGGAGCCCCUGGACCCCCCAGCCGGGUGCUGCGCCGGGGAGCGCGUCUACGUGGAGGGCUACGAGAAUGGGGAGCCCGACGAGGAGCUCAAGCCCAAGAAAAAGGUCUUUGAGAAGCUGCAGGCUGAUUUCCACAUCUCCGAGGAUUGUGUCGCUCAGUGGAAGGAGAGAAACUUCCUGACCAAGCUGGGGACUGUCUCCUGUAAAAGCCUGAAGGGUGGCAGCAUCAGCUAACAAGUGCCAGGGCUGCUCUGGUGCCUCCUGCCUGACUCCUGCACCUCAGCCAGGCUCCUCCCAGCCAUCUCCCCACCAGUGCCCCGAUUCGGGGGGCUCAGCCCUGGGGGCUCUGGGACUGAACUUUCAGCCUCUCACCCUGGGAGCCACCUCCAGCAUCCCCCUGAGGGCUGGAGGUGCCACCACACCCCAGGGACUCUUGUGACUCAUCCCCAUGGCCUUGGGGCCAGCUGUGCCACUGCCUGGGCUCCCUGCCCGCUGGGGUGGCAUCUGUGGAUGCUGUGGUGAGGGCAGAAGGGAAAAGCUGCUUCUCCAACCUCGUGUUGCUGCUACCAGAGCUGGGGACAGCCCGGCAGGGCCCUGCUGCACCCCCAGCCCACCCAGCUCUGUGGCCACUGCUGCUGCUCUUUGGCCAGGAGCCCAGGCAGCGCCCCUGGGGCUGUCCUGAGCCUGUGGGAGGUGUGGGCCUUGAACACUGACUCGGGAACCAUCUGUCUGUCAUAAAACCCAAUAAAACAUGGAGCUGACUGCA